AUGACCGACUACGCGAAGCUGGAGCAGGUGGUGCCCAACCUCGUGCAGAACAGGGUGCAGCGCACCUUCCCGGACGGCGGGGCCCGGCUCUGGCAGGUGGGCCGCGCCUCGUGGCGCAUCUUCCAGCGGGACUUCUACUUCCAGGCGGGCAUCACUCUGGACGUGCACCUGCACCGCGACGGGCUUCCCGAGAGCCAGACGGCGGGCGCCCGGAUGGACGCAUCGUCGCUCGCAGAGGUCCGGGACUACGGUCGCGCGCUGCCGCUCGUGCGCGACGUCUUUCCCAGGCCCUUCUCCAUCGCGGUGGAGGGGGUGCCCGUGCGGGACAUCACCAUGCAGAAUGUGCCCAGGCAGCAGGGUGACUUCGUGCACUACCGAGGGGUCUGGCGGUUGCAGCCGCUCGACGGUUGCGCGCAGCCUGGAGAGAGCAUGAUGCGGCUGACGUUCGCGGUGGAGUGCGAGCCGCAUUGGUUUCUGCCGGUGGCGCCCGUCGAGGGCCGCAUUGCCAGUGCGCUCGUGGAGAACAUGGAAGCCAUACGCGAUUAUGUAGAAAGCAGGCGGCCGUGA